AAAAUUGCCACCCAAGGUCGCCAUAAUGCUAAUCAGUAUAUCACAAAGUAUGUAGUCUCCUCAAGCCUGGAUGGUAGUCUUUUUCAGUUUCAAGAGCACAAGCCCUACACUGUCCCACGGGAAUAUUACGGGAACAGCGAUUACCGAUCUGUAAAGGUGAACAUUUUGGAUGAACCAAUCAUUGCUCGUUAUGUUCGUAUCCACCCGACUGGUUAUUACGGUUACACCGCAAUGAGGAUUGAAAUGUAUGGCUGCGAGUCCGGUUUUGACAUUCCAAAACCUCCAGCGUGUAUGGAAGGUCUGGGUAUGGAAGAUGGCAAAAUCCCUGACUCGUCCAUCACCGCUUCCAGCAUUUACAACUCAAACUAUCGUCCCAGCAAUGGUCGGCUGUACAAAUUUCCGUAUGGUUGGAUGACCUCCCAAAGAAAUACCCAACAAUGGUUUCAAGUAAAUUUUGGAGGCUGGACCCAGGUGACCAGAUUCUGCACCCAGGGAGAAGCGUCCGGGAGCUACUGGGUUACCAAGUACAGACUUGCUUAUAGCUACGAUGGCGUGUUUUAUCGGGAUUAUGUAGAAGAUAAUCUUUCAAAGGAAUUUGCGGGCAACACAAACAAUUAUCUUCAAAUAUGCCACGAUCUGAAGAAUCCAAUUGUCACAAGAUAUAUUCGCAUCAUCCCAUUAGCGUGGAAUGGUUAUAUUUCCCUAAGGGCUGGCUUUUACGGCUGUAAAUCUGGGUUCGAUAUCCCCGAGAUUGUAUGCGCAGGUGCUCUCGGAAUGGAAAACGGCAAGAUACCAGAUUCGUCCAUUAUGGCUUCAUCACGUUAUAACCAAUGGUGGGGACCCGAGAGAGGAAGACUGAACGAGCAGAAAGAGGGGAGUUACCAGGGUGGUUGGAUUUCCCAAUAUACGGACGCUAAUCAGUGGCUUAUGGUUGAUUUGGGAAAGGUUACCAAGGUAACUAGACUAGCAACACAGGGCCGAUCUGACGCGGGAUGGUGGUCAAAGUCCUAUAGCCUGGAAUACAGUGAAGAUGGAGGAGUGUUCAAACCUUACAAAAAUGGCCAGGAGCUUCAAGGGAAUAUCGACUAUACUAAUGCAGUUGGGCAUAUUCUUGAUCCACCAAUUAUCGCGCGCUUCAUCAAAAUCAACGUCAAAUCACAUCAUGGAUAUCCGUCCCUGAGAGUUGAAUUAUAUGGAUGUACCGAUGGGUUCUCAAUACCAAAACCACCACAGUGCAUGGAUGCCCUUGGAAUGCAAAGUGGUAAAAUACCGGACUCGGCGAUUACAGCGUCAAGCUCAUCAAAUGCUAAUAGCUUUGCUCCAUACGUUGGCAGACUUCAUUUCCUGAGUUCCGGCAGUGGUAAAUACGGAGGCUGGGCGGCGGCCUCAAACAACGCUGAGCAGUAUUUCCAGGUCGAUUUUGGAAGCUGGACGCAAAUAUCAGCUGUUACCACCCAAGGAAGGCAGGAUUCUGCCCAGUGGGUCAAAACGUACAGCCUAUCAUUCAGCUAUGAUGGUGUCUUCUGGCAAACAGUCCUAAAUGAACAUGACCUAAAGCAGGUUUUUAUAGGAAAUUCUGACCGAUUCACACCAGUAAGGAACGUACUGUACAAACCGAUUAUAACGCGGUACAUCCGCAUUCACCCAGAAACAUGGCAGUCUCACAUAACCCUGAGAGCCGAAUUUUACGGCUGCAAAGAAGGAUUCAAACCACCCGUAAUAGUUUGUGCUUCUGCUCUUGGAAUGGAAAAUGGCCACAUACCAGAUACAGCCAUUACAGCAUCAUCACGUUAUAACCAAUGGUGGGGACCUGAGAGGGCAAGACUUAACAUGCAGAAAGAAGGGAGUUACCAGGGUGGAUGGAUUUCCCAAUAUGCGGACGUGAAUCAGUGGCUGAUGAUUGACUUGGGAAAGGUUUCCAAGGUAACUAGAAUUGCGACGCAGGGCCGAUCUGACGCGGGAUGGUGGUCAAAGUCCUAUAGCCUGGACUAUACCACAGAAGAUGGAGGAGAGUUUACAAAGUACAACAAUGGCGAGGUUCUUAUGGGCAAUACCGACUACAAGACUGCAGUUGGCCGCAUUCUUAACCCAGCCAUCAUUGCUCGAUUUGUUAAAAUCAAUGUCAAAUCAUAUUCAGGAUACCCGUCGCUUAGAGUGGAACUCUUUGGAUGCUCUGAUGGAUUUUCCACGCCUAAACCACCACAGUGCAUGGAUCCCCUCGGAAUGCAAAACGGUAAAAUACCAGACUCUGCCAUUACAGCAUCAAGCUCAGCAAAUGCUAAUAGCUAUGCUCCAUACGUUGGCAGACUUCAUUUCCUGAUGUCUGGUAGUGGUAAAUACGGCAGCUGGGCCGCGGCCUCAAACAAUGCUGACCAGUAUUUCCAGGUCGACUUCGGAACAUGGACACAGAUCACAGCUGUAGCCACCCAAGGAAGGCAGGAUUCUGCCCAGUGGGUUAAAACGUACAGCCUUUCAUUCAGCUAUGAUGGUGUGUUCUGGGAAACAUUCAACAAUGAGGACAACUUAAAGCAGGUGUUCCACGGCAGCUACGAUAGAUUCACAGUGGUAAAAAACAAAUUACAUAAACCAAUUAUAACAAGAUACAUCCGGAUUCGUCCAGAAACGUGGCAGUCCCAUAUUUCCUUGAGAGCAGAAUUUUACGGCUGUAAAGAAGGAUUUGUACCACCCAAGCUGGAAUGUCAGUCAGAACUUGGAAUGAAAAGCGGCAAGAUACCCAACAGCGCUAUCACUGCCACCUCUAGCUACAGUGAUUCAUAUCUCCCACAGUACGCCAGACUCGACAAUACAUUGCCCUCAAAUGUCCAUGCAGCUUGGUUUCCAAAGUCGCACGAUGACGGUCAGUUUAUUCAAGUUGAUCUCGGAGAAAUCACGAAGAUAACUCGUAUUGCCACUCAGGGACGGUACAAAGUGGGACAUUACACCAAAAACUACUACGUAACGUAUAGUGUUGAAGGCGGCCCUUACCUCGCCUACAAAGAGAAUCAGCUUAUUCCUGCCAAUAAAGACACCAAGACUGUUGGACACAUCUUCAACCCGCCCAUAAUCGCGCGCUACAUACGGCUCCACCCUAAACAGUAUCAUGGCUACAAGGCUUUACGAUUCGAACUUUACGGUUGCACAGAAGGGUUUAAAAUUCCGGAAACGCCCACCUGUCAGUUGCAACUCGGUAUGCAAAAUGGUAGGUUGCCAGAUUCAGUAUUGACAGCUUCGUCGAUGCUGAGUGCCACUUAUGCGCCUGGAAUGGCCAGACUACAUCAAACGGCUGCCAGUGGUCGCGGUGGAUCCUGGAUUGCAAAAACGCAAGACCUCAACCAGUGGCUUCAGGUUGACUUUGGGGUCGAGACAACAAUUACAAGGAUUGACACUCAGGGUCGACAAGAUGGCUCACAGUGGGUGAAGGAAUACACACUUAGAUACAGCAAUGAUGGGUCUUACUUUAAGCAGUACCAACCCGAAGGAUACACAAAGACAUUUAAGGCAAAUAGCGAUCGUUAUACAGUUGUUGGACACGAAUUGGACCCACCUAUCAGGGCACGAUAUUUGAGGAUCAUUCCAGAGGAAUGGCAAACCUACAUUGCGAUGAGGCUCGAGUUUUACGGUUGCAAGUCAAACGACGGUGGCUAUUCAAAUUGGGGAGCUUGGUCUCGGUGUUCCGAAACCUGUGGAAAGGGUAGUCACACCCGCACUCGCACUUGUACCAGUCCUCCUCCGAGCGCCGGUGGAAAGGACUGCUCAAGCCUAGGACCUGACAAAGAGACUGGAGAAUGCGAUGCUGGAGGCUGCCCAGUCAAUGGCGGCUACUCUGCUUGGACAGCAUAUGGUGAUUGUUCAAAGACUUGUGGAGGUGGGGAACAGACACGUGAGCGGACAUGCACUAAUCCCCCACCACAGUACGGUGGAAAAGACUGCAGUGGACUAGGACCAAGUUCUUCUACAAGAAGUUGUAACGAAGGGCAAUGCCCUGGUAAACCAGUUGACGGAGGUUACACCCAAUGGGAGCAGUGGUCAGAUUGCUCCUUGACAUGCGGUGGAGGAAGACGCAACCGCCAUCGACAGUGUACCAACCCUAUGCCAUUGAAUGGGGGAAGAGACUGUUCAGGUCUUGGACCGUCAAGUGAGACUCAGGAAUGUGGUACUGCUCCAUGCCCCAUUGAUGGUGGAUACGGCCAAUGGGGAAAGUGGAGCGAGUGUUCAGUUACUUGCGGAAGCAAGAAAGGCACAAGAAGACGUGACAGGCUGUGCGACAGUCCAAAACCUGCGAAUGGCGGUAAAGACUGCUCUAGACUUGGAAAGGACACUGAGACGGAGGAGUGCAAACCGAAAGUCUCCAAAUGCCCCGUUGACGGUGGUUACGGUAAAUGGGGCAAGUGGGGUAAAUGUAGCAAAACUUGUGGCGGAGGACAACAAACAAGAAAGCGAAGAUGCAACAAACCGAAGCCGUCAAAAGGAGGAAAGAAAUGUAAUGUCCUUGGACCAAGUAAAGAAACUAAGGAAUGCAACACAAAUCCUUGUGGACCUGCCUGGAAGCCAAUGGGCUGCUAUAUUAUGAAAGCUAAAGCACUCGAUAAGUAUUUCUUAAGAGCAGGAAGCAUCUCUCAAAUUGGCAAGAGAUUCGACGCAUGUGUAAAAGAGGCUAAGGCUCAAGGAAUCAAAUUGUUUGGUAUGGAUGACAAAAGAUGCUGGACAAGUGAUAACCCAGAGAAAUCCUACGAUAAGAUUGGAAAAUCGGGACUAUGUAAAAAAGAAAGCCUAUGGUACUGGCUUUACAGAGUCCCUCACAGUGUUCGUGUAUCGCAUGGAUGGCAAAGGUGAAUUUAAGGCAGUGGACUGCUUUUUAAACAGUGCCCCUGCAAUUUUGCCCCAAGCUUUCGACAAAAAUGUCGGGAGUGUGUCCGGUACUGAAGCUAUGGUUGAGUACUGCCAAGAGAAGGCCGAGAAGUUUGGCUACAAAACCUUUGGUAUCGACGAUAAAGGAUGUUGGUCUGCUGACAAUGCAGCUUCGGUAUAUGACGACUACGGAAAAUCUAAUGCGUGUACAAUCUCGAAGAAGACUGGGAACGGUGUUGGAGCCGAGAUUAACGCUGAUAUCUUCGUUUAUCAGCUGCAAGGAUAAGAUGUCAGAGGGUUAUUAUCCGAACCAGAUGUGAAAUGGCUUUCCAAAAUUACGGAAAAUGAAUAUCUAUUAUUAAGAUUGAAAUAUAAGCACGUGGGUAUUAGUCUGUUGAGAAUAAAAA